CUCUCUCUCUCUCUCUCUUGUUGUUAUGUCAAUAAAUAAAGAACGCCUUUGGAGUGCUUGAAUGCUUAUAAGUUGCAGGGCAGUGGCAGUUUGAUUCUCCCUCCUCUUCCAUUCCCUUCUUUAACCUCGAAGCUGAUUUAUGGGAGCAACUGUCAACGUUCUUUUGCCUGAAGCCGACACCCCUAAGCCUGCUAUCCCUUCCUCUUCUUCCUCCACUCCCUUUCUCUCUCUUCCCUGUACCUGCAUUACUCGUCACCAUGUAAAUCUUCUCGCCCACUCAAAUUUCUGACUCCCCAUCUCAUUUGUCCUAAAGGAAUUACAACUUAAGCUCACCCCAUCUCUCUGUCAGCAACAAUGGAGGCCCAUCUCUUUCUUCCCCUCUUCUUCCUCAUUGUCGGCAUCUGUAGAGGGGCUCAGGGAGUAACGUUCACGUUUGCGAACAACUGUGGCUACACGGUAUGGCCGGGGAUCUUAUCAAACGCAGGCAGCCCAAGUAUGUCGCCGACCGGAUUCGAGCUCGCUAGCGGCACGUCGCGCUCGCUUCAGGCGCCGACGGGCUGGGCGGGCCGGUUCUGGGGGCGAACCGGCUGCGCGUUCGAUGGCUCCGGCCAGGGGGGCUGUCGAACCGGUGACUGCGCGAAUCGGAUGGAGUGCGACGGGGCGGGGGCAAAAGGGGCGGCGACCCUGGCGGAGUUCUCCCUGGGCGGGUUUGGCGGCAAGGAUUAUUACGACGUGAGCUUGGUGGACGGGUACAACCUUCCCCUGGUGGUGACUGUCUCCGGCGGCAGCUCAGCGGCCGCUGGGCCAGGGUGGUGCGCGACGACGGGGUGCGCGGCGGACCUGAACCAAAGAUGUCCGGCGGAGCUGAGAGUGGAGGACGACGGAGGGGAGGAAGCAGCUUGCAGAAGCGCGUGCGAUGCGUUCCAGCGGCCGGAGUUCUGCUGUGCCGGCGACUACGCCAACCCCAACACCUGCAAGCCGUCGUACUAUGCGGCUAUCUUCAAGGAGGCGUGCCCGAGAGCUUACAGUUACGCCUUUGACGACGCAACCAGUACCUUCACCUGUGCCAACGCCGACUACACCAUCACCUUCUGCCCCAACUUUACAAGUCAAAAAGCGUCAAGGGAUUCAUCGACGCCGAGGACAGCAACAGGCGUGGUUCUAAGUGAGGAGGGCUGGCUGGCAACCCUGGCCACUGCCGACGCUUCGUCAUCCCGAGUCGUUUCAUUCGGUUGCUCCGUCUCAAUCGUCAUCGCUUCAAUUAUUGCCAUGAACGCCAACAUGCUGCGUUUGUAGAGGAGAGGCGAGGCGCAUUUCAUUUCUCUUCUUUUUGAAUCAAGAAGAAGAAGAUGAACAGAUGAUGAAUUUUCUAUUAAGAUGGCUCAGGCCGACACCUCCUCUCUCUCUGCUGGUAAUGUGUGAAAAUGACUUGGCAGCGCACCAUGAAGCUGCCUCACAGCUUGAAAAGGCUGGCUGGAGUGGCCUACCAUGAAUGAUGCAGAUGGCAGUAGUCGAGGAGCCCAUGUCUUGUUGUAUUAGCACGAAAAGGGAAGGGGUCUCGGUAAAUGUAAUUAUUUAACAGUAAUGCCAAGUAAAGAUAAAAGGGUGCAUAGAUGAGGUCUACGGAAAGCAAAUGUGUCUCUUACUGAGAAUCGAACUUUUCCAUUGUAGAGGUUCGGUUGCUCGGUUGGUACUUGAUGUAAUGUCCACUUGCAGCCUUUGUACGAUACAUCACUUGCUACAGCAAUAAAGAGGUUCUUAUAUAUAUA